UGGUGCGCUGACUUGGCGGUCGGCACCCUGGUCCGGGUCUCCUACACCGGGGAGACCAUGGACCACACGAGGGUCGUGCUGUGGCCCAGCCGCCGCCUGGACCAGAGGCGGCGGGUCCGGGGGCGGCACGCCUAUUGGGUGCUCUCCGCGGACGGCGACGUCUGGGAGGAGGACCUGAGCGGGAGGAAUGCGGCGACCGGGCCGUCGGGCGGGUCGCUGCUGGACCAGGCGACUGGGGAUCCGCCCGACGGCCGCCGCCUCUAUCGGUUCCGGGCGCGGCCCAGCCUGGACGAGGUCGUGGAGCUGGCGACGGAGUGCCGAGCCACGAUGCUCAGGCGUGGGCAGGCCGAGUCGGAGGCGCCGACGAGCGUGGUGCUGGCCGACGGGGCGGUGCGCCCCGGCCGCGACCACUUCCCGUGGCUCGAGGCCCCGCGCCCUUGGGUGCUGACGGAACCGCUCCCUGGCAUGCCAAUCGGGACCGUGGUGGAUCCGCUCCCGGUGGGGGCGCUGCGCGACGGGAGCCGGGCCCUCAGCUUGCUGCCGAGCUGCGGCCGCUGGGCGAGGCUCGAGCAGGUGGACGAGGGCAAGAUCGUCGAGUGGGCCGCCAAGAGGACGAGGGAGCUGGUGCUCGACCUCGGCGCGGGGCCCGACGCCAUGGGCGCCGCGGAGCUGGUUGGCGGGACUGAAACCCCGCCGCUGGGGCGUGAGGCUCGCUCGGCCGGAGGCGACCGCCUGGGCGAGAAGCUGGGGCUGGCCGCCGAGGAGCCCGCCGAGUCGGCCGCGGGGAAGGACGACGCCUACGGCGACGCGCGCACGCUGUGGGUCGACUGGGACGAGCAGGGCGAGCGCAGGAAGGAGUUCAAGCGAGCGGUGGCCGAGAGCUCGGAUGUGAAGUGGGACCAUCAUCGGCUGCCCGCCGAUCGCACUUGCCUUCACACGUGCAAGAUGAUGGUGAACUUGAGUGGGUCUCCACGCGCGUGGCUAGAGCGCUUUCUCAGGGAGAAGGGGAUAGCUUCUACGGAUCGAGUCGCGCACGAACUCCGAGUGUUGUGCGACAUCUUGGAAGAAGCUGGCGAGUUUGACCAGAUCAACCUCGGAGGACUGGCUUGCUUGGAAGUGGCCGCCCUCCGGCUGAACCUGCUGGUGGACGCGCACAAGACGAGCGGGUCGGCCUCGUACUCGAACGCGAAGUACCUCUCGCCGCUGACCGAGGUGGACCAGUUGAUGGCUCCUGGCUUGCGGUCUCACGUGUCGAGGCGCGCCAAGGAGGAGUACGAGCUGAUGCAGGGCGACAAGAAGGCCGAGGCGGUCGCUGCUGGUGCGGCUGGCAUGACGGACCAGUCUCAGCCGGCGGAGUGGGCCCCUGCCGGCUGGGCUAACACAUCGGCCCGGCGAGCGCCGCUGGCCCUGGCGAGCGGGGAUAGGGACCUCUUCCCCCUCCCUCGCCUGGCCAGGCCGCCCGCCAGCAGGGGCGGCAGCCGCGCCCGGAUUGCUGGCGCUCGGCGGCGGCGCGAGCACGAAUUGGCGAACGGCGCUAUCGACUCUCUCAACUGGCUUGCUGGAUGGGAGCCUGCCGACGUGGGCCCGCCGCGCUCCCUGGACGCCAUGGGGGGCAAGCAUGCUGGGAUCGUACAGUGGGUGGCCAGCGAAGCUCAUCGGCGCCAAGCCGCAGCUCCCAACCCCUGUCCGUCCCAAGAGGCAUCGCUCAGUGCGUUGCUCAAGGGGUGCUCGAUCUACGACACGUCGGGCUCCCCGAGGAACCUGGCCUCCUUCGUCCGCGAGCGCGUGUCCUUGCCCCCUUCGGUUGUCGGCUGCCUCCAGGUGGACGACAUCGUGGGCGAGGCCGGCCGCGCCUACCUGAAGGAGAAUCAAAAGCGUAUGAGGCGGCCGAUCGAGGAGAUCGAUUUUGACAACUUGCCGACUCCCUAUUUUGACCCGCUGCUGAAGCGGAACAAGAAGAUGUACCACAACUUUUUGAAGGAUCUCUCGUCCCGCGGGCUCUUGCUUGCCACCUUGUCUCCCGCAGAGCAGGCUGGCCUGUUCUUCGUGAAGAAGGCCGACAGCGACAAGAUGCGCAUGAUCGUGGACGCGCGUCGGGCGAACGCGUGGUUCGGCGUGCCCCCCAGCGUCCAGCUCCUGUCGUGCGAGGGGUUCGGCAGGGUGGAGGUGAAGCUCCCAGAGGGCGUCGCCUUCGGCUCGGCGCGGGGCGAGGAGCUGCUGAACGGCUUCAAGCUCUUCUUGGGCAUGACGGACGUCAAGGACUGCUUCUACAGGAUGCGCAUCCCGGUGAGCCUGGCGAAGUUCUUCUCGCUGCCCGCCGCUCCAGCUCACGUCCUUGGCCUGGAGGGGCACGAGCUGGAGGGGACGAGGCUGGGCUGCGACACCCUCGUCUUCCCCUGCAUCGGGGCUCUCCCCAUGGGAUUCUCUUGGUCCCUCUUCCUCGCCCAAGACGCGAACGAGGAGAGGGUCGUCCGGUCUGAUCCGUGGCCAGGGGGAGACAUGGCAGUCUCGGAGCGGGUCCUGAUGAGCGAUCGCGGACCUCCGCUCGUCGUGGAGGUUGAGCCCGGCCUGCACGGGGGAGCCUACGUGUACGUCGACAACAUGGGGGUGCUCGCCCCCUCGGAGGGCCUCGCCAAGAGCGCCCUCGAGAGCUGGACUGGUCUCUUUGAGGGGGUCGGCCUGGACUUGCACAAGAGCUCGGUGGGCUCGGGCGCGUGCGAGGCGCUCGGGACCAAGCUUGACCUCGAGCUGAUGAGGUCGGGCGUGAGCGACGGGCGGUUCUGGAAGGUGUACCUGGGGCUGGGGGGCCUGCUAGCCCGCGGCCGGGCGACAGGGCGCGCCUUGGAGGUGGUGCUGGGCCACUGCACCUUCUGCGGGCUGGCCCUCCGAGGGUCGCUGAGCUGCUGGCACGCCUCGUACCGCUUCAUCCAGCGGCACUACCUGGAGCCUGCCCGCCUGUGGGCAGAAGUCGUGAAGGAGAUCAAGAUGUUCCGCGGGCUGCUCACCCUGAUGGUUCAGGACUGGUGGCGGCCAUGGAACUGCUGCGUGCUCCAGACCGACGCGAGCGAGAGCGGCUGGGGCAUGGCGCAGUCGUUCUGGCCGCAGCACGUGGUGGAGCAGGUCGGCCGGCUGCCUGAGCGAGCCCGCUUCCGUUCGGCGCUGGGCAGGCCGGCGCGAGAGAGCGCGCUCGCUGCCGCCAACCUUGCUCGGGACAGCUCGGGCGCCUUGUGCAGUUUUGAGGAUAUGAAGAAUCCUGACUCUCUCGCGUCUGACCUCCUGUCCUCGUGGGAGCUCGACCCCGGGUUCGCUGAAGUGCCCUGGCAGUGGCUCCGAAAGGGGGCCUGGGAGACCGUCCGGCUCCCGACUCGCCAGAGCCGGCGGGCCAUGGCCCCCGAGAGGGCUCGGGUGCUGGCCGGGCCGGCGCCGCGGGCGCGGACGCCCCCUCUGCGGGCGGGCGCUCGGCGGCCGGCCGCGCGGACUCGUGCGCUGGCGGCCGUGGCGGCGCCGGCGGGCUCGCGCUCGGACCCGAGCGGCGCGAGGGCGAUCGCCAGCCCCGGGGCGCUGGGCCGGGCGCGGAUACUGGCGCCGGCCCCCCUCUUGCCUUCAAAGAAGAGGGCCAGCCAGGCUGGGCGGCAUCUCUCGGCCCUCGACGAGAGGGACGCGAACGGGCUGGACCUCGCUGGAGACGCCGGGGAGGACGCCGAGGGCGACAGCAGCUCCAGCGGCUCCGACUCGGUGGUGGAGCAGCUGGGGCGGACUCGGGCCCGAAUGCGGCAGCUGCGCGCGCGGAGGGCGCACCGGCGGGCGACGCUGUACGCCGAUGCUAUCCUGGCGGCGCAGGGCGAGGGCGUGAGCCUCCUGGAGACCCUGGCGGUGACCCAGGCGACGCAGGUGAGGUACCAGCGAUAUCUCGAUCGUUUCUACUCGCGUGCCGGCCUGAGCCGGAGGCAGAUCCUGGCGAAGCCGGACACGGAGAUCGACGAGCUCAUGUGCAACUACAUGACCGAGAACUACUUGCAGGGCGAGCAGAGCAACUACGGAGACCAGACGGUCGCAGCCUGGGUCAGCGCGAACCCGGACUUCGGGCGCGUGGGAGGUCGCAAGCUGCCGCGGACGUGGCGGGCGCUGAAGGCCUGGCGCAGGCUGACCCCAGGCAGGCGGCGGAAGGCCCUUGCCCUUCCGGUCUGGUGCGGGCUGGCUUGGAGGCUGGCGCAGCGGGGACACCUACGCCUGGGCAUCUUCUUGAUGAUAGGCGUAUCGAUCUAUGGUCGGCCCUCGACCUUGCUGGCCGCCCGGCGGUGCGACCUUGUGCCACCGUCGCCUGGUGUCAGCAGGCACUGGGCCCUGUUGACCCACCCGCUGGAGCGGAAGAGGCCCAGCAAACGUGGGCACUUCGACGAGGGCUGCCCCCUGGACUCGCCGUACCUCCAGGGCUUGGACGAGGUGUUCGAGCGGCUGGCCUCGACGACGUCGAAGGAACCGCUGUGGAACUUCAGCUACCCCGAGGCAGCGACGUUGCUCAAGGAGGCGGCGGAGGACCUCGGGGUGGCCCCGGUGACAUUGUACCAGAUGAGACAUUCGGGCGCCAGCAUCGACUUGGCGAAAGGCUGGCGCAGUCUGACCUCGGCGCAGCGACGCGGGGAGUGGACGCAGGCGAAGUCAAUGCACCGCUACGAGCACAGCAGCAGGCUCGGCAGCGACUAUGCGAAGCUCGACCCCCGGCUGCGCGCGACGUGCGAGGAGGCGGAGAGGCAGCUGGCGCUCAUCCUGACGGGCCAGUACCUCGGCGAUCUCUUCGCGGGCUGCCGGGCGGUGUCUCGGGCGGCCGAGGCCGAGGGCUUCCGG